UCACGUGAGACCGGCUUCCGGUUACGGCGGGAAGCGGAGCCGGAGCGAGCGGACCCCUCCCCAACCCGAGGCGGAUUUGGGGGUGCGACCCCCCCGAGACCCCCCCAAAAUGGCGGCGCUGGGCAGCAGCUCCCAGGUGGUCUCCGAGUACGUGGUGAGGGUGCCCAGGAACACCCCAAAGCGCUACAACAUCAUGGCCUUCAACAGCGCCGACAGAGUGAGCCUGAGCACCUGGGCACAGGCUCGGAUGGAGCGGGACAUGAGCAACAAGCGCAUCUACGCCGAGGAGGAGCUGCCCGAGUCGGGCGCGGGGAGCGAAUUCCACCGGCGGCUGCGCGAGGAAGCGCGGAGGAAAAAAUACGGGAUCGUGCUGCGGGAAUUCCGGGCCGAGGAUCAGCCCUGGCUGCUCAGGGUCAACGGGAAAGGGGGCAGGAG